AUAUAUACUUGUCAAAUGUCAAUAUAUUUUCAAGUUUUAUUUAUUUUGUAAAAAUAAUAAUAAAUACAAAAAAUUGUGUCUAAUAAAGACUCAAAGGAUUAACCAAAAAAUAAAUAUUUUUCUAGAGAUAAAAAAAGAUCAAAUUAAAUUACUAGAAAAAUGGUGUCAUAUAUCAGCAAAUCAAUUUUCAACAUUUCACGUUCAAAUUUGUUACCAAAAAUGUCAGUGAUACGUAGUAUAAGCUUAUCAGCUAGUCAAAGUUCAAAAUCAUUAUUAUACAAUGAUUAUGGUGAGCCUGCUGAUGUAUUAAAAUUGAUAGAAGUACCUGAUGUAAAGCCUGCAAGUGAUCAGGUUACUGUCAGAUGGCUUUUGGCACCUGUAAAUCCAGCAGACAUCAAUACUAUACAAGGAAAAUAUCCUAGUAAACCAGCAUUACCCGCUGUACCAGGUAAUGAGGGAGUUGGAGAAAUAAUUGAUGUUGGAGCCAGUGUCAAAGGUUUUAAUGUUGGCGAUAAAGUUGUACCAAAUGAUAAUCAUACUGGCACAUGGAGAUCUCAAGCAAAUUACUUACCAAAUAGUUUAAUCAAGAUACCAAAAACACUUGAAACAAUUGAAGCUUGUAUGUUGAAUGUUAAUCCUUGUACUGCAUAUAGAAUGCUCAAAGAUUUUACAAAUCUUCAACCUGGAGAUACUGUCAUUCAAAAUGGUGGAAAUUCAGCUGUUGGACAAUUUGUUAUUCAACUUUGUAAAGCAUGGAAUUAUAAAAGUGUUAAUAUAGUACGAGAUCGUCCAGAUAUAUUAAAUUUAAAAGAUUAUUUAAAAAAACUAGGAGCAACAGAAGUACUGACUGAAGCUGAACUCAGAACAACAACACUUUUUAAAUCUAAACAAUUACCAGCACCUAAAUUAGCUUUUAAUUGUAUUGGUGGUCAAAAUGCUCUUGAAGUUCUUCGUCAUUUGGGACACAGUGGAACGAUGGUUACUUAUGGAGGAAUGUCAAGAGAACCAUUUAGUGUUCCAACUGCUGCUUUAAUUUUUAAGAAUAUAGCAAUCAAAGGAUUUUGGAUGACUGCUUGGGCAAAAACUAAUGGAAUAUCUCAAGAAAAAACAAAUAUGUUAAAUGAUCUUGCUCAAUUAUUUUCAUCAAAGCAGCUUCAAGUUCCAUCGUAUAAAAUUAUUCCUCUAGUUGAAUAUCAAGAGGCUGUGAUCAAAACCUUGCAAUUAGAUGGAAAAACCGGUUUAAAAUAUAUUCUCGAUUUAUCAUCUUAAAAAGGUUGUUGAUCUCAUUAUUUUUUUUUAUUUUCUUUUAAUUUUUUAUUUCUUUUUUAUGAUUCACAGUAUGGUGAGUUGAAAUUUUGAAAAUUGUUUAAUAAAAAAAAAUAAUUGUUUAACGA